CCACCUGGUGGCUAAGGGCUAUGGCGACCGCUGAAGCUCCUGGGGGCCUUCGGGGUCCGGGCUGCGCCUGUGCCCGCCGGACGGCUGGUUGCAGCCCGCACUGCCUUCAGCUCCGGGCCGGCCACGCCGGGAGACUACUGGGUGGCGGUAGCUGGGCGGGGCCGGGUCGGGGGCGGCUGUGGGCUGCGGGCAGGCAGCGCGCGGGGCAGCCCUCGGCGGACAGCCAUGGCGGCGGCGCUCUGGGCGUGGGGGGCUACGCGGCGCGUGUUGUCGGCGCUCCGAGACCGGAGCCCGGGGCUUGCGGCCAUGUCAUCAGGCACUCACGGGUUGACGGCAGAGGAGAGGAACCAAGCUAUACUUGACCUUAAAGCAGCAGGAUGGUCGGAAUUAAGUGAGAGAGAUGCCAUCUACAAAGAGUUCUUCUUCCAAAAUUUUAAUCAGGCAUUUGGCUUUAUGUCCCGAGUUGCCCUACAAGCAGAGAAGAUGAAUCAUCACCCAGAAUGGUUCAAUGUAUAUAACAAGGUCCAGAUAACGCUCACCUCCCAUGACUGUGGUGAACUGACCAAAAAAGAUGUGAAGCUGGCCAAGUUUAUUGAAAAAGCAGCUGCUUCUGUGUGAUUUCUUCCAAAAUCCAUGUAAAAUCUUGUACAUAUCUUAGCAAUGUAUAUUGAAGGGAAUUUACGUGAACAAAUUGAGUUGUCCUUAAGGCAUCAUAUUUAGAGGCAAAAAAAGAAAAAUAACAAUUUAAGUUGUGUAAAUUUAGUUUGCCUUUGUAUACUACAUUUGGUAAAAUCAUUGCUUAAAUACGAAAUGAUUUAAACUUGAACUGGAGGUAUUUUUCAUGCUGUCUAAUCAUAUACCUAAGAUAAAAGCCAUUAUGUUAAUA